AUGCAAGUCUCAAAGACACCCAGGGUGCCUAAGGCGCCCCGACGCGCAGCCUGCGACUCAUGCUUCAAGAAAAAGAUACGAUGCGAUGCAGAAUCCCCGCAGUGCAAUUGGUGCCUCCACCAUAACCUUGCCUGCACAUAUACGAGGCUUAAAAAAAGUACUGGUCGCGAUACCGUAUGGGAGGAUGCUGCCAAAUCGAAUCUCAUGUCUGCUCGUAACAGUCAACUAAGUGAUUACUCAGGUACUGCAGCAAGGGCUACUUUGACCAUGGCGUUUAAUGACGGAGUAUUCAUGACGCCAGAGGAAGAGCAAAAAUGGAUCGGAUCCUGCACUGGUGAGACGGUUGACCACGCGAAACUUUACGCAAUUGAGCUUCCAUGGUCAAACCCCUUUUCUGGCGCCAAGUCCCAUUCUUCGUCGCCGGAACUUCCUUCCCGGCCUGUCGUCGAGAAGUAUGUUAAAGUGUACUGCUCAUCCUACCAGAGUCGCGUCUUUCCGGUAAUCAGCAAGGCACUCUUUACAGAGACUCUGGAUCUCGCCUACGGACCAACCGAUGUUUUUGGCUCCGAUAGUGCCAGAUCAUGCGUGUAUGCGUUUCUCUCGGUGAUAUACCUCUUCGGGCUCAAUGGUAAUCUAGUUGAAGCCCAUGAUUGCGAGACUUAUGCCCGGGCUGCGCAGGGCUUUAUGGCUAGUCUUGUUUGUGAGAUGACUCUCAGCGGUCUGCAGUCCAUUAUCAUGCUUAUCCAGCAUCAAUACUUCCUGGGUGAUUUGCAGGCUGCUGCAGUUUCCGUGUCGAUAGCCAGCCGCCUUCUAUUCAGUCUCCGUGCUCACACAAUGUCACCAUGUGACAGCGCUUAUCAUAAAAGUGUAGCUGAGCACCACCUGCGCGAUCUUUUCUGGCUAUGCUAUUCAUUUGAUAAAGACAUUUGCUUGAGAAUUGGGCAGCCUCCAUGUAUCAAUGACACUCACUGUGACCUCACUCUGCCUAUCGACUAUGCGCAGCUGCAAGAGUCCAAUUUGCAACGAGAGACCAGGUCGAAUACCGAUGACACACUCCCUCUUUUCCCUUUUGACCUUCGACUUUCGAUGGUCAAGUCGAAUGUCUAUCAGGCUCUCUAUUCCACAAACGCUGCGAAGAAGCCGGCUUCUGAGAUAUUAUCGAGCAUCCGGAGUCUGGAUCAAGAGCUGGAACAAUGGAGACAGAGCUUACAUCCGGAUAUCCGGCCCACGUUGUCUUUCCACGACGAAACGCCGGUCAGUCGCGGCCUGAACACACAGGCAAUCAUGUUGCGGCUAGCAUACUAUCACUGCGUCACACUCAUCCAUCAAGCCAUUGAUAGGUGCCGUGGCUGCCAGAUAAGGGAUUUAGUCUCUAGUGCCAUGCUGAUCACGAAUGUCAAUAAGUCGACGCUUUCAUUCCUCGAGGUCGCGAUGCCUGUUCUGGCAGGAGAAUGUUUCUGGGUGGUUAUUUUUUACGCAGUCACUGCAGUCCUAGCGCUGUUUCGCGCUAUCCUCAAGAACCCCCUAGAUUCCAGUCUUAUGAAAACUCUACGGGGCGUUCCUAAAUUGAUGCGUAAAGUCCCGGUUCGAACACCUACCCUUGGUGUUAUCUUCCACGGGCACUUUCUGAAUACUUUCACCACCGAGCUUGUCCGACUAGCCGAGGGUGCAAUUGCCAAGGCAGACCAGGAUGCACGUGGUUCGCCUUAG